CAGCCCGAUGAUGUCAUUGUGUCGGUGAGGCGCGGAGCAUGCUGGGGAGUGUAGUUCUUGGCACUGUUAUUUCCGGAACUUGCGGCUGGGGAAAUAGCUUGAAGCUGCUCUGGGAGUUUUGGGGCGGCCCUAGGGCCCCUGGAGCGGGGAGAUGGGGAACUGCUUGUCCUCCCAGGCUGCCGAUGAUCUGUCCCUGCUCAACGACUCGGACGGUGCCAGCCUGCCCGGGGAGCCCCCCCCGCCUUACCAGGAGCGAGAGCCUGUGCCCGUUUACCACCCCACACCCAGCCAGACCCGCCUGGCCACUCAGCUGACUGAGGAAGAGCAGGUGUGGAUUGCGCAGAGGAUUGGGCUCAUCCACCAUCUCCCCAAGGGCAGAUACGAUCCGGGCUCUGGCCCCGCAGAGAAGAAGCUCAAAGAGUGUGUGAUCUGCAUGCUGGACUUUGUCGGCGGAGAUCCGGUCCGGUUUUUACCCUGCAUGCAUAUUUACCACGUGGAAUGUAUAGACGACUGGCUGAUGCGUUCCUUUACCUGCCCAUCGUGCAUGGAACCAGUGGAUGCCGCUUUGCUUUCAUCCUAUGAGACAAACUAAAGAGAGACGGUUGGUCUCUGGCAGGGGGCGGACACACCUGAGACUAAUGUAACAAGAGGCAGCUUCCUAAUGUGCAGAACUCAAGAAUUACCCUCAUUGGGGGAGAAAAGCUGCUGUAGCGAGGAACAGCCACAUGGGGGCAGCGCAGACUAUUUUCUAGUCCUACUAAACCCACUCCUUGUGCAACGAGCCCCCCUGGCAGAGCAGACGUCACACUGAUGGACAGUCAGCCCCCGUCCCUGAUGAGCCGCUUAGAUGUGAACUGCAGUGAUGGAAUCAUGAGAUUGCUGAUGCAGGGAGUAGUACGGACAGAACUGCACCGUCUCUGCGGGGAGGGGAGGCCUUUGAGCCGCAGCCGGGAAUGCUCUUCAGAGUAAGAGCUGGUCUGUAAUCUAAUGAUCUGCUUAUUGUUAUUUUUGGGGGUGAGACAUGGCUGAAUAUUCAAAAUUCCGAAACAGUGGGAUUUCUUUCAUAUCACAUUAUUACCUGUACAACUGGUUGUGACUCCUGAAACAAAGUAGCAGAAGCCAGCAGAACCCCGCAGCCCUGUGAGGCAACAAUUAUUAGUUUUAAUACUUAGCUUUCUGAUUAGGCCUUUCCUAUUCAUUUUCAAAACUACUGCCUGGUUGCUAUGGCAAAUGGGACCCUAGCGAGCAGAUAGCUGCCUAAAUACACGUACCAAUUGCGAUCUCUCCUGCACUCGCAUUCUCCACUAACGUUCAGGGCUGAAUCGUCAGAUAUGGAGGUAGAAACAAUAGGAAUUCUACCCCUAUCUGACGAACAUAAAGACCAAUUGCAUCUGAAUAUCUCUAAAGUCUUAAUAUUUACCAAAACCGCCCCUUUAAAGCUGGCUUCUACUUUGCUUUCUUUGUAUUAAUAUUUUUUAAAGGGGAAGUCAGCCUUUGACAGUGUAGGAAGCAGUCUAAGAUGCUAUGGGCCAUUUUAAAAUUUGGAAUUUCCAGUGAACUUGCUAUCUGGUUCCUGGGAGCAGUAACCCCGUGAUAUUAAUAGUAGUUUGCAAGGAAAAGCCAUUAUCACCAAAGCCCCAACUGCUGAACUUCCCCUUUAAAACACUGCCAAUUGUUCUCAUAGUGUUUUGGGUUGUUUUAACUAUAAAUAUAGGAUUAAGACGAGACGACUGGCACAGCCCAGUUAAUAUGCAGCUGCCAUGGUCCAAGCAGGGAAUGCCCCUGUAUAUUUCACUGAUCAGUACCAGGAUAUUUCAGUUGCUCCUGAUUGGUUCCUCAGCACCAGAACCUCCCACUUCUUUUUCUGCAGACAAAAGACUAUAGGAGACAUUUCUCAUUUACGAUCUUAAUUAAAAUAAAGUCUUAAUUUCCUUUUGUCCAAAGAGAACCCACUUAUAGAGCAAUGUGCUCAGUGGGGGAAAAGAAUGUACGGCUGAAGCUGCUGAUGAACCCCCCCCCCCCAAUAUUUUGCUGCUAAGCAGUGUGGAUCUUUGCACACUGGCCCGGGAUACAUAGAGCUUUGCGAGUUCAAAAUAAACAUGCUGUGCGUGGA